AUGGCUAGUCCUGUUCCUCAUUUCGACCGCCACCUCUCUGUCCUCAAGUCUGGAUACCUCUUCUUCUUUUCGGAGCGAAUCCGAAUAGAGGGCCAAUACAUCGAGGAGCUCAAGGCACUGUACAAACGCAUGAAACAGCAAGAUACAGCCCUGGAGAUAGGUAUGGAGUAUAGCCAGGCGCGUGCGGCCUGGCGAGAGGUCCGCGAGAGCCUUGACAGAGAGAUCCAAUCCCGAACCGCAUUCUGUACCGCCGUCAACACGGAUGUGAUCCGACCCUUGCGUGAACUUCGGGACACUCAAGAACGCACACGCCAACGGAUUCAUGAAGAUAUGAAAGAAUCUCAAAGUGCCUACACAGACUGCGCAGAGAACCAGCUCCCGCGUGCUCAGAAGCAAUACCGUCGCAAAUGUCAAGAGGCCGAGGAAUCACGCAUGGCCCCUGCGAUGCCCAUGCCACUCAAUGCACACGCAUCCAGCAACUCUGUCGACCUCGGCCGCCCCUUGUUUUCCCCUAGCCAGGAGGCAUUCUCCCCUCCGCCGUCCUAUGCCAAUUUGCACUCGCCCGAGGGCAACCACACCCACCCGGCUCCUAAUCCCGCUGCCGCCACGAGCUCUACAGGCUUGGUGAACGUUACGUCGCGGGGUGAAGGUCUCGAUCGGGCGAGGUCCCCUCCUCCCCAGGCAGGCCCGCGAGCUGCGAUUCAGGAUUUCACACAGCACAGCAAGAAAGGGUUGAACCAAUUGAAAUCGUUCCUGGAUGGCAAACGUGACGUUGGGGGUUCACUACGUGAGGGUUCAGAGAGGGGAAAUGCUGCGCUGAGGAACGUCAGAGCACGCAGGGAGGCAGAAGAAGCUGAUAAAGAGUACCGACACGUUGUCUACAAACUCGAAACUCUGCGACGAUGGAGAGGGAAUGUCAUUCGAGCUGGGUUCACAAGCCUGGAAACCUUCAUGGUCGAUUUAUCACUUGAAGUUACCAAGGUGCUCCAACGAUACACCGAUACACUCAUUGCAACAGCCACAACAAAUACCCAAUUCGCAACCCAAUCUCAAUCCAUUGUCUCACAAGUUAGCCCCGAACGCGAGGUUUUAGCGGCACAUCAACUCAUCCCAGAGCACAUCUCGCGCGUCUUGCCCAAACGAACGUUAUACCAAAAUUACACCUACGGCGACUCAUUAGACCUAAUCUUUGGGUUUUCGUUGUUGGAUUAUGCAGCCGCGCGUAAUUUGGAAGAUGGGGCCGUCCCAGGGUUGGUUGCCAAAGCUGUCCAAGCCGUGGAUGAACGAGGUCUGGAUUCGGAAGGAAUCUAUCGCAUCUCAGGGAGGCAAGCGGUCGUUCAGGAUCUUAUCCACCGGAUCGAAAGAGACGAGGCAAACUUUGAGUUUGAGAAGACGAUUGACGUAUUCUGCAUUGCCUCGUUGCUCAAACGAUAUCUUCGUGAACUCCCUGAACCAUUGUUCAAGUUUCCGCUCGCAGAACGACUUCAGCAUUCCGCAGGACGCAAAUGGGUUUAUGAUGCUUCGUGGGAAGCUACGACGACUACCGGGUGUACACCAGUCGACAAUGCGGGUGUUAUUGAGCACCUAGCAAGAGUCGCCGCUCGGUCCCAGAAGAAUAAGAUGGAUGCACGCAAUCUAUCGAUCGUGUUCAGUGGAGUGAUUUUUGGCGAAGACGAGAUCCCAAAAGGAAGCUCGGAUCUACUGAACGUGGGGACUAUGAAAGAUACCGUGAUGGAAGAUCUCAUUAAUUAUGCACCUAUGUUAUUUGAUGAGAAUGCGCACACUCGGAUCGAAGGUGUCUCGCCUGCCUCGAGCAUGUUCUUCUACGCAAACGCCACAUCCGGCGGAGACGAACUCCCGGAUUAUGCGGUCUUAAACGCCAUUCCGGUAGGACCAGAAAAGGGCGAAAAGGCAGGGUCGAUAUCUGGACAUUCGGCCAAACCAUCUAUCCAUGAAGAAAGAGGCGGGAAAAUCAGGGAAGGAGAAGGAGAAAGAAAAAGAGCAAGAUCCUGCCCCAAUUCUGUCCUAGUUGUUCGAGAACUGCCACCUGAGCCAGUUGGCGAAGCUCCUGCAAAAAUCGACUACGGCUCUUCGCAUACCACAGUCCGCGUAGGGGAUGCACCGCUCAACUUUUCCCCAACGCUUCCGGAAGUCGACUUUGCACCGCGUUUGCCACCAAGACCCGGAAAAUCAAUUCAUCCAUCCUCACGCGCAGCCGCUCUGAACCCAGACCGACCGCAACAGCAAGAAGGCACGACAGUCAUCGGGAAUGGUCCGCCACCACCACUGCCUGCGCGCGCAGGAUCGGUUGAGGCGCCUGCUCUGCCCCCAAGGAGGCUGGCCAGUGGUGUGCCGUCAUUGGACGUGAGGUUGCCGUCACCUUUACCCGAGAUGACGUUCCCCAGGACUCCGAGUCCGACACCACCACACCCAUAA